AUGUUAAGGUUGAUGAAGAAAAAUAUAUUUAUUUACUCUCAGGUGAAAACAUAUAUUACAAGGGCAGUUUCUACAAAUAAAGUGUUUCCUCCAGGAGAAAAAUACCUAGAGGUCAAGGAACAUAAUGGAGUAAGGACAUUGAUAUUAAAUCAUCCUGCUUCUCGUAAUUCCUUAUCAUUGAAAAUGAUGAAAUCUCUGUUAAUGAACAUUAAGAAGGAUGAAGAGAACAAAAAUCUUCGAUCCAUAGUUCUUAAAUCUGGUUUGGAACAAGUAUUUUCUGCUGGACAUAACUUAAAAGAACUGACUGUUAAUGAUGAGAAACAUCACAAGGAAGUCUUUGAAACAUGCUCAGAAUUGAUGCGAGUAAUUAAUCAAAGUCCUGUUCCUGUAAUUGCUGCUGUAGAUGGAAUAGCAACUGCAGCUGGCUGUCAAUUGGUUACAGCAUGUGAUAUUGCUAUUUGCACUGAAAAAAGUUCAUUUGCUACACCAGGAGCCAAUGUUGGGAUAUUUUGUUCUACACCAGGUAUUCCCUUAGUUCGAAAUGUUCCCAGAAAAACAGCAAUGUACAUGCUGUUCACAGGUUUCAGCAUUAAUAGUAAAGAAGCUUAUGAAGCAGGUCUUGUGAGUAAAGUUGUGCCAAAUGAUAAACUUGAAGAAGAGAUUGAUAAAAUCACUGCAGCUAUAAAUAUGAAAAGUCGUUCGAUUGUACAUAUUGGAAAAACGUUUUUGUAUGAGCAAAUUGAUCUUGAUAUUUCAACUGCAUAUUUUUUAGGCACUGAAAAAAUGAUUAAUAAUUUAAAAAUGAAAGAUGCUCAAGAAGGAAUGAGAAGCUUUAUUGAGAAAAGAAAACCUAUUUGGAGUCAUAAUUACGAAAAAAAUUAA